GAGUGGCUUCCUGAACACAUGACCUGGGUGGAAUGUGUAGGCGGUACAGAAGGAGUGAUGACUCUGCAAUCCCUCAUUCAUGUCAUCUCAGCUUGCUGCAACUUCACAACUUCCCAGUCCGGGCCGGGAGCCGAGGCCAAGACAAACACAAGAAGCUUUUCAUUCUCUUUGCUGCGGAGGAAGAAAACAUGGAGCCUGAGAUGAGGAGCCUGAUGUCUGACAACAGCCGAUACGUCGAGUCCUUCCGCCUCUUCCUACAGAAUUCCACAGAGCACCAGUGCAUGCAGGACUUCAUAGAGACCAAACUGGCCGCCAUUGUGUCCAGCAUAGGCGAUGGGAAGUCGGUCAUCAAUGUCCUCGGAGUAGGAAGUGGCUCAGGUGAAAUAGACUUGCAGAUGCUCUCCAAGAUUCAUAAGAGAUAUCCCGGAGUCUCCAUUAAUAACAAUAUUGUGGAUCCCAGCCCUGAACAGUUGUUGAGCUACAAAGAGCGUGUGGCCAAGACCCCCGGCCUGGACCAUAUAACCUUCCGCUGGAACAAAAAGACUUCUACAGAGUUUGAGAUGCAAGUGAAAGGGGAGAAACAUGAUACAAAGUAUGAUUUCAUUCAUAUGAUUCAGAUGCUGUACUAUGUCAAGGAUAUUCCCGCUACUUUAAAAUUCUUCACCAGCUUGCUUUCAGCAGAAGGGAAACUUCUCAUAAUCCUUGUAUCUGGGACCAGCGGAUGGUCUACUCUGUGGAAGAAAUACGGAUCCCGCUUGCCUCUGAACGAUAUGUGCCUGUACAUCACAGCGGGCGACGUUGCGGACAUGUUGAAUUCAGUGGGCGCCAAGUACCAGAGUUACGACCUGCAAUCUGAUAUGGACAUCUCCGAGUGUUUUGUGGAAGGGAACCAUAAUGGAGAGCUGCUUCUGGACUUCUUAACAGAAACCUGUGAAUUUAAGAAAAAUGCCCCAGCUGACCUUAGAGAGGCGGUCAUAGAGGACCUGAAGAGCUCUGGGUGCAGCUCUAUACGGGACGGAAAAGUCAUUUUUAAUAACAAUCUUAGUGUGAUUGUGGUGGAGAACAAAGUGGCAUCACCCCAACCAUGAUGUCCAACUCUAUGGCAAUUAGGAGGGACCCAGUGAUGAAACAUUCCUGGGCAUUUACUGAGAUUGAAGAACUCCAAAUUACAUAAGAAGACACUGCCCCUGUGCUGAGACCGAACAUCCCGGGACUUUACAUAAGUUUGAGAUUGAUAGGAUUGAGAGUGACUUUCCCGGGACCUCUUUGUGGCACUGUAGCCUUUUAUUGGUCAGUCUGUGCAAAUGUUCCUAAUGCCCCAUACACACGAUCGGAAUAUGCUGUCUUGCAUACACACUGUCACACCAAAUUCCGACCGUCCAAAAC